AUGAGCUUGAUUCUCCACCCCUGUGCAGCUUCAAGCCUGCACCACAGACUCACAGCCCGAUUAUUGAUCGAUGAUGCACGAGCAUUCACUGGCGGAGAUGAGGUGAUUGUGACGUCCUUGCCGCCUCCCAGUUUACCAGCCAGCAUCAGCAUCCCUGCUGUAGCGCCCAGCGAGCAGACAGAUGAGGAUGGAGGGCCCCUAGGAGACUACGGCUUGUCCUAUAUGGGCAGCACAGGCGCCCAGAGGCGGCCCUCUCCAGCUGUGGCUCCCAGGCAGAGUGCUGAACCAGCUCCCGCACCAGCACAGCCCUGCCAAAGUUGCGUAGGGCUCAUCGGUGGCCCAUCAGUAUCGGUGUCAAUGGCACCGGGUCCGCGCAUGGGCGCUGUUGGGCAGCCUGUGAGGGCGCCGGUUGCAGCGCCUGCUGCGCAGCCCGUGCAGCUGAAGAGUCCCUCCAAGGCGCUGCCCCCGGGUGUAUUCCAAAAGGCAGUCCCUGCACCAAAGGAAAACUUGGCCUUCAAGUCAAAGUAA